GUCUGGUGACGUCAAUUGUAUUUACCUGGGUUAAUUGUUUUGGUUCAUUGAAUUUUUGUAUUCCUACGCCGUCUAUAAAUAUUCAACAGUGCGCGUAAUCUGCACAGUUUUUGUCAGACACGUUCAGUUAUCAGUCGUUUCUUACUUGUUCUUCAAUUUUGUUAAAAAAAACUUUUGGCGGUUUUAACUGUAAUCGUCAGAAAUCGUUGAAGUUUAUUUAUUUUUUCAAGAGAAAGGAACUGUAUUAUGUAGUACUGUGGUAUUGUGUGAACGGAAGGAACUCUCGGAAUUGGGAAUAUCCCGCCGAAUGAAUUCGCAGAGAAUUUCUAGUAGAAACAAAGAAAAAGUUGAUUAUAAGAUGUUAGCUAAGGAAGGAGUGAAGGUGUUGAUUGACGAUGAUCAUAAAAUUGAAGACAAAGAAGUGGGCGCGAAACCUAAAAAGUCGAAAACGAACAGUGAGAAAAUCCUGUCAAACUCCAAUGCGGAUAAGCCAGACGAAGUGAAAUCUACCAAGUCACCGUCAGCUAGUAAACAAACCGGUAAACACGUAAAUUUGGAGAAAAAGGCGAUGUUAGCUCGUUUAAAUGAGUUAGAUGAACAGCAAAGACGUUUAGAGGAGCAGAGAGAGUUAAACUUUUUGAGAAAGCAGAUUUUGGAAAGAGAAGCUUUUGUUUCCUCGUUAGAAAAGUCAGUUUCAGCAGAGCCAGAAGUAGAAACACUUUCCCCACCCAAAUCACGAGUGAAUUCCGAACGUUUAGGCGCAAGUAGAACAUAUACGUUAAAUCCCCUGGGUUCAACGUUCCACACCAAGGACAAAGGGAGUAAGAAGAUCAGCACUGGUAAGAAGACUCGCAUUGCAGCUGCCUUUGACAGUCCUUCGAAUCAGAAAGGAUAAUUUAUCAGACGGAUAUCUUGUAAGUUUAUUCAAAAUUUUUUUUUUUGUUCUAAGUGUGCUUUUUAAAUGAAAGUG